CUUUUUUUGCAGCAUCAGUACCGCGUUCGGAAUCGCAUUCGUGUGCUGGAGUCAGAGCGCGCUGCGGGGCAUCACUGCACCGCCACGGAGGACACACCAUCACAGAACCAGGAACAGGGAAAAGGAAAAAAGGCGUGAGAUAGUGCAGAGGGGAAGAACAGGGCGCUCUUUUUUUGAAAUCACCGAAAUCUGUGGGAAAUUAAACAGGAGCCAGACAUUUGCCAAUAAUAAAUACACGAACGCAGCGGACAUCUCAAGCGAUAUUUUUGGCCAGCACGGCGGGGAAAAAUGAAGGAUCGCACGCAGGAACUACGAAGUGCUAAGGACAGUGACGAUGAUGAGGAAGUCGUUCAUGUCGACCGAGACCACUUUAUGGAUGAAUUUUUUGAACAGGUGGAAGAGAUCCGUGGCUGUAUUGAAAAGCUGUCAGAGGAUGUAGAACAGGUCAAGAAGCAGCACAGUGCCAUCCUGGCAGCACCCAACCCUGAUGAAAAGACCAAGCAGGAGUUGGAGGACCUCACAGCUGACAUUAAGAAGACAGCCAAUAAAGUGCGCUCUAAAUUAAAAGCAAUCGAACAAAGUAUCGAGCAAGAGGAGGGGUUGAACAGAUCAUCUGCAGAUUUGCGGAUCCGCAAGACACAGCAUUCCACGCUGUCACGCAAGUUUGUGGAGGUGAUGACGGAGUACAACACCACGCAGUCCAAAUAUAGGGACCGCUGCAAGGACCGCAUUCAGAGACAACUGGAAAUUACUGGCAGAACAACUACCAAUGAGGAGCUGGAAGACAUGUUGGAGAGCGGGAAACUUGCUAUCUUCACUGAUGAUAUCAAAAUGGACUCCCAGAUGACCAAGCAGGCACUAAAUGAGAUUGAAACCCGACACACUGAGAUCAUCAAGUUGGAGAACAGCAUCCGUGAGCUCCAUGACAUGUUUGUGGACAUGGCCAUGCUGGUGGAGAGUCAGGGAGAGAUGAUUGACAGAAUUGAGUAUAACGUGGAACACUCUGUGGACUAUGUAGAGAGAGCAGUUUCUGACACCAAGAAGGCUGUCAAAUACCAGAGUCAGGCACGCAAGAAGAAGAUCAUGAUCAUCAUCUGCUGUGUAAUACUGGGAGUGGUUUUGGCGUCCACUAUCGGAGGAACCCUGGGCUUCUAAACGACAUGAAGAAAGACAAACACUUGGAAAGCUGAGUGUUUUAUCAACUUAAACACGAGAUAAGGAAACUGUCAUAAAACGGGGGUUGGGUAGGGUUAAAAAUCGAAUAUUCAAAAAUCAAACAAUCAAAAAAUAAAUAAAUAAAUAAAAGGAGAUGUUACGUACUAGCUGAUUUAAAUAUAUACAAAAGUGGGUUCAAAUACACAUAAUAUUUACAAACUGUACAUGUAAAUGUAUUGAACAUAAAAGCAGCACAUGGGUUACUACCUGUAAAGGAAUAAAACUCAACUUUUUGUUUUUAUUUUAUUUUUUUAGCGUUGCUUUCAUUUUUGGGGGGGCCUCCAGGACAAUGCCAGCAACUGCUAAAUUGUUUUACGUUCCGGCAGAACAUGGUGUUUGGCAAACCAUACUAGCAUUACGAAUAAUAACCAACUGACUGCAUAGAUGUUAUAGACAGUAGUACUAGUCCGAUUUCAAUGGCCUAGCGUUCAGAGUGGUUGCUUGCAUUCAGAUGAAAUCUCAUUUAUUACCUUGUUAGCUCAUUACCGAUGGAGUGCUGUAGAUUAAAAGCACCGUCAACCUCAUAGCUGAAUUUCUGUCUUAACAGUUUUACUGUGGUAAGGGUUAUGGUUAACCCCAACCUUAAACAAAUGAAGAAAAAAUGUAGAAGCACACAUCAUUGCGAAUUGUGAGAGGAAGUGAUAUCACCAAGUUUGUACAUAAAGAUGAUUUUCUUUUGACUUCAUUUGCUGUACUGUAGAUGGUAGGCAGUGAAGGAACGGACAUUUCAUUUUAACACAUAUAGAAAGCUGGGAUCGAUAGGGUGGCAUUGCAUCGCAAACUGUUGAACUAUGCAGUUUUGAUAGUGAUUUGCCCCUGCUUUUUGAAUUAAUUCAUGGCAACCUAUGGAAUGACUCUAAAAGAGACUAAAUUUAUUUGUCUACGCCGAAGAUUUCUUAGUGGGAACAUUUUGAGAAAAGAAAAUGUCAAUACUUGAAGCAACGCCUAGCCUAAAUAUUAUCUUUUGGAGGGUGGUUAGGUCUGCUGAAAUUAAUAUUCCUUAUUUUUCAGUUGAUAGUUAGUUUUGCAUUUUUUAUUUGCCUUAUUUAAUGAAUUGCAAAUAUAUUUUAUGUAAUAAUAUAAAGGAUAGGCUUGAACAGGACCGUUUUGGUAUUGAAGGAUCGAUUUGGGAGUUUGACGUUUUUCACCUUGGUGCUAGUUAAUGAAGAGACACUAAUAAAAAUAACUACUAGGACAUGAUAGUUGGAUCCUUAUUAAAUUCUACAUAUCUGAAACAAUGAUACGAGCUCUUGAUGAGCUACCUGACUAAAUAUUUUCCUGUAGAUGCAAUCUUCAGUUCUGUUGAAGAAACUUGUAGGAUACUUAUUAUGCAGCGACUAAAUAUAAAGAAAUUUUCACAAACUUUAUAUGAAAAAACUCAAAUCCAGCUCUGAACGCCCAGAGAGACAGCAUCUUGUCAAGAUAAUGCUAGCUUAGAAUAAGACGCUUUGAUUUUGUCCAAAGAUUUUUUUUUUUUUUUUGAAACACAAAUCAAACAGCUGUAUCAUUAAUUCGUUGCAUCCUUUUCUUUGCGGACAGAAAGUGCCAGCUUGUUUAAUUAUGUACUGCAUGCUUUAAAUUCAAGGGCUAAAAUUCAAAACCAAACUUUAGCUCUGUUUUUUUGCUUUUGUUGAUACAGAAUCCCUCUUGGCUUGACUUAGAACGCCCUCACCCUCAUGUUCAUGACGUUACAGAACAUGUACCAACUCUGAAAGUGCACUCCUUUUCUCAAUACGGACUUCAUUUUCCAUGUACUGCUUAUCAUAGAAUAUAUAACAGGAGCCCCCCCACCCCGUCCCGCCACCCCUUUACCUACCUAAAGCAAAGUAGUAGGGAACAGGAACGAUUUUGGGGAUAUAUACUGUACACAUUUUUUUGGAAAGCCUGAGGCAGAGGGCCGGGACUAUUUUGCUUUAAUCAUUCCAGUAACGUCCAGCAUGUUUUCUUUGAAACUUCUGUGUAUUUAGUGUCGAAUCACUUACAUGUAUGGUAAAAUGAGGUAAAUAUGUAUGUCGGUGUUGUUUUUUAGUAGAAGAUAUAGCUGGAAGGCCCUUAUUUGUUACCGCAUGCAACUUUCGCUUUGUUAGUUUGCAUGGCUCUCGAUCAUGUGUGCACUUUACAAUCACAGAAAACAAUGUCUUAUGCCGCCACAUUUUUUGGGUUGUACCGUUUUCCGUUUUGUUAAUAUGUUUAUUUGUUUUUUCUUAUGAUUAUUUAUUAUGAAUCUCUAAGGGUUGGAUGGGGGGAUUGACUUCAUUUAAUAUUUCUCCUUUCUAUUUCAUCAUGACCCUGACAAUGCUGGAGUUUUAACGUGGUCCCCAUGAAUGUGUUCCCUGUGGAUGUGCACAUGAAUACAAAAUCUGUUUGUUGUCAGGUAUUUUGUUCCUAAACCACGUCCAUAGUGUAAAACGACGUACUUCCCCCCCCCUCCUCGCCCUCUGGAAACACUCUGGGUACUAAUAAUUUUUGCGCAUCUUGUUCAUUUCCCCUUCCCCUUAUGUACUCCCAAACUUGAUUGUUGUGCUUAACUGGUGAUGAUAUGUGAAUUCUUUCGUAAGACUAUUCUUUAUUGUGAGUCGUGUGCUGCGGUGUCGAAUUGUGCAACUCAAAAGGCCAUGUAUGCGUGCCCUGUCCCUUCGGCAUAUUUUCCUUUUUUACGUACACGUUGCUGUAUAAGUGAGCAUGAGCAUUUGUGUGUGUGGAUGUGUGUGUGUGUGCUCGUUUGCUGUUGGAGCCCUCGGUUGCACCGCAACGCUAACCGGCGUCGGGCGCAAGGGGCUUCUCUGGUCUGCAGGUCUAUGGUAUGCAGCUCUAGCGCUCCAGUUUUGUGCCGACUUCAUUCAAAUGUUAAGAAAAGUAAUAAGACUAAAAAGCCAAAGCGUUAUGCGAGUACAGAGCACAAUGUUACAGUCAACUGUAUUGUGUAGUCCUCCCCGCCCGUAAAUCUUGUGAACUAUCUUGCGUAUACAUUUACUAUGUUUUCAAUUCCACAAGGUUCUUGUUAUAAAGGUUUAUUUAUUUAUUUAUUUAUAUUCAUUCUGAACAAUAUGUAUAAUGUAUACUACACAAGCCUGUUCGUUUUAAAGCACUUUCUCCAAAAACAGCUACGUACAAAACAAAUAUGUUGUGUGUACUGUAUGUUGUUUUUUCUUUCUCCCCUCAAUGAUGCUGUUUAUGUUGCCAUUUACCCCUUGUUCAGCUCACUUGCAUUGCUUCCUCUGUGCUGGCAAUACAUUAGACGUAGACAUUAGAUCAGCUCUGGUUAAAAGAAAAUGAAAUAAAAAAAAAACUGUAAACUAACAUGGGCACAGAUCUGGAUGAAAGUUUUCUCAGUUGUCUUAUUUUCAUUUUUCAACACUGUUUUUGGAUGUUCGUCACACAGACACUGAUAUGACCAGACAGCACUGGCAUAACACAGCACAUUGAGAAGGCAUUUUGUAAAUGAGUGAAAAUUACAAACUACUUAUAUAUAUAUAUAUAUAUAUAUA